CGGCCCCUGAGUGGCGGCUGGCUCUCUCAGAUCGCUCUCGCUUGGCUACCAGUGCUGCAUGCAUUGUUGAAGUGAAAGGAAAGUGGACAGCUUGAUCCUGCCUGUGGGAUGCAUCGACAGAGACAGUGGGAGAGAGAUCAGGUUUUGACGUGAAGCACAACAAAGCAGAAAGGCUGGCCACAGGACACAGACCCAACAGCGGUGGUUUUGGCCCCAGCAGAAACCAGGGCGUCCACCCCCGCCGCGCCGGAGAGGAGGCGGGUCGUCUCCACCAUAUUAGAAGAAGCGGCCGUGAGCUGCAUUUGUGGCGUGGGUGGGCAGGUGAGGGCUGAGCCGUGGUGACAACCUGUGGCGUCCAGCCGGCGCGUGGUGGGAGAGAGGAGGACGAGAAAGGUGGGGAGGAGUGGGAGGAGCAGGAGGCGGAGGGCCUGAGCGUGGAGCCCGGACACCAGCAGGAUGGGGGAGAAGAAAGUUAGUCUCCCCGCUAAGCUGAUUAAUGGGGGCGUGGCAGGCCUGGUUGGUGUGACAUGUGUAUUUCCUAUUGACCUGGCCAAGACCCGCCUACAGAACCAGCAGGGCAUCCAAGUCUACAAAGGAAUGCUUGAUUGUCUGGCAAAAACAGUCCGCUCCGAGGGCUAUUUUGGAUGCUACAGAGGUGCAGCAGUGAACCUCACGCUAGUCACACCAGAGAAAGCCAUUAAACUCGCAGCCAAUGACGUGUUCCGGCAGAAGCUCUCCAAGGAUGGGCAUUUGCCCCUGUGGGGGGAGGUCCUGGCUGGCUGUGGGGCUGGAACUUGUCAGGUAGUCGUCACCACGCCCAUGGAGAUGCUCAAGAUCCAGCUGCAGGAUGCAGGAAGACUCGCUGCACAGAGGCCUGUUCCGGCUCCAGCUCAGGCUGCAGCUCCCGGUCCGGCACCGUCAUUGGUGGCUCCGCCCCCUCGAGCCCGGGCGACGCCCCCACAGCGGCCCUCAGCCACAGGCAUCACUGUGGAGCUGCUGAAAACUCGCGGCCUGGCUGGCCUCUACAGAGGGGCCGGGGCCACCUUAAUGAGAGAUGUCCCUUUCUCGAUGAUUUACUUCCCGCUGUUUGCCAACCUCAACGCGCUGGGCCGGGAGAGCGCCGGCGGCCAGGCGGACGUGCAGGCCCAGGCGCCGUUCUGGCAGUCUUUCAUUGCAGGCUGCUCUGCCGGGUCGGUGGCGGCUGUGGCAGUGACGCCGCUGGACGUAAUAAAGACCCGCCUGCAGACCUUGCAGAAAGGUGAGGGUGAAGACACAUACAGAGGAAUCAUUGACUGCACAAGGCGCAUCAUGACGCGGGAGGGCCCAUCAGCAUUCCUGAAGGGUGCAACGUGUCGCGCUUUAGUCAUCGCGCCUCUUUUUGGCAUUGCACAGGGUGUCUACUUCCUCGGGGUCGGGGAGAUGGUGCUGGGUUUCAUGGGAUAGCGGCGCUUCUGGCACCGGCGGCAGCGGCUGCAUUGCUUCUGUACAGAUAUUAUGCUGCUUUAUUCUGCAGUGAGUGAAUGAAUGAGACAACUGAGUGAGCAGUGAAUACAGAGCGAGGGGAAAUAAUGGGGCCACAAUCCACUAACCAAAGGAAGAGCACUGCUCCCAGUUAAUGAAGAGGCUCUAUUUACUAACAUGUGGACCACUGGGUUCACACUAAUCAUGUUUCUCUAGGUGACAGCAGGGUGCUUUAGGUUAAACAAGGUCCUGUAAAUGCGUGUGAUUAGUCUGUGGGUAUGAGUCCCAAGCUGUCGCGGCGAUCCGAGGGUGUUUGUUUCAUUCUGCUCAGAGAUCGAUGCACGUUGUUUGAGGCUACUCAGGAAAACGGCUCCUGAUUCGACUGAGCGGGAAACAUCUCCGGUCCUCUCUUCAUCUCAUGCUGCCUGAUCGAGUCAAUGCUGGGCGUUCUGUCUCCACUCCAUGAGCCCAUCAUUCAGGCUUCUUGACUUCCUUUCCGCCGACGCAUCUCUCCCACCACAUCUCAGAGGUUUGAGUUGUAAUCCUAAAUUCUUUCAGUGAACCGGGUGGCGCUGCCUGUCACUGCCUCUAAGGUUAAAGUUAAUCUGAUGGUAAUGCUUUAAUCCCUGUAUUAGCAUGCAAUAUACCCUAAUGCACAGCUCGCUUCCUGCUCAGAGGCUACAGAUGAGGCUGUUACUAUCUCUCAGACUUCCGUUUCUCCACAGCUUAGCAGGGUUUAGAGAAAAAAAAAAAAACAAAAAAACAAAAAAAUAAACUGUGAGAUGCCUUGGGAUGAUUUCACUGCUUUGGAACGGUUUUAGAAUAUGUUGCUUCAAACUGUGUGCGCACAAUAACUAAAACAUACGCUAUUAAAGCCUUAUCACUGCUGAUAGUCUCCAAGGCAUCAAAACUGUAAGUCUUACAUGGAUCCGGUGGAACUGUGGAGGUGAAAUGUUGUUUUGGUACUUCAGUCCAACGUAGCGAGGACAGAUAUGUUUGACCCAUGAGGGAGCAUGGCACUUUGUACUGCCAAUUUGUUUUGCCAUUACUGGAGCCCACUGGGUGGCACAAAAAAAAAGGAAAGGAAAAAAAAACUUUUUGCUUUUGUUCUUUGUAUUUUUUACAUUUUUGAUGCAAGACACAUUUUUAUGUGGUUAGCGUUCUAGGCUACUACUUUCUUCUCAUUGUAGAGUGAACAUAGCCUGAGUAAACUGUUUGUUUACAAGCUGUAAAUAAAAAAAAAAUAUCCAAUGCUGA